GACUGCCACCUUCCCUCCCCUGCCGGCCCGGCCCUGCCCUGUCCGGCCCAGCCCGCUCGGCUCGGGAAAGGAAGUGGCAAACCAGUCCAGUGUCUUUGCCAAGAAAAACCCCUGGUCAUUGUUGGUGUGCUGUGAUCCACGAGGCUGACGAGAGGCAGACAAGACUGAACAACAACAAAUUAAUUUAAUGCCACUAGAUACUGGAUUGAGAGUCCCAGAAAGAACUAUACCUGCUACCUCCCGUUAAGAACAAGUAAAGCCUGGAUGCUAUAAGCUAUGGGAAAUCCAGAAAAUAUAGAAGAUGCAUAUGUUGCUGUCAUUCGUCCAAAGAAUACUGCCAGUCUCAAUUCUCGGGAAUAUCGAGCUAAGUCAUAUGAAAUUUUGUUGCUUGAAGUUCCCAUUGAAGGACAAAAGAAAAAAAGAAAGAAAGUUUUACUGGAAACUAAACUUCAGGGAAGUGGUGAAAUAACACAAAGCAUUUUGGAUUAUGUAGUAGAAACUACCAAACCAAUUUCUCCUGCCAAUCAGGGUAUCAAAGGAAAACGAGUGGUAUUGAUGAAGAAAUUUCCUCUUGAUGGAGAGAAAGUGGGCAGAGAGGCAUCUUUAUUUAUUGUUCCAUCAGUUGUCAAAGAUAAUACUAAAUAUUCAUAUAGUCCAGGAUGUCCAGUUUUCUACUGUUUACAAGACAUCAUGCGAGUCUGUAGUGAAUCCAGCACUCAUUUUGCUACUCUUACAGCAAGAAUGUUAAUUGCCCUGGAUAAGUGGUUAGAUGAGCGACACGCACAAUCUCAUUUCAUUCCAGCUUUAUUCCGACCUUCUCCUCUUGAGCGGAUAAAAACGAAUGUCAUCAACCCAGCAUAUGCCACUGAACCCAGCCAGACAGAAAACUCACUUCAUAUGGGCUAUAGUGCAUUAGAAAUAAAAAGUAAGAUGUUAGCCUUGGAAAAAGCAGAUACUUGUGUCUAUAACCCUUUGUUUGGGUCAGAUCUCCAGUAUACAAACAGGGUAGAUAAAGUGGUAAUAAAUCCAUACUUUGGCCUUGGAGCUCCAGAUUAUUCAAAGAUUCAGAUUCCUAAGCAAGAAAAAUGGCAGAGAAGCAUGAGCAGUGUUACAGAAGACAAAGAACAUCAGUGGGUAGAUGAUUUUCCUCUUCAUCGAAGUGCCUGCGAAGGAGAUUCAGAAUUAUUAAACCGGCUUCUCAGUGAUAGUUUUUCAGUAAACCAGCUAGAUAAUGACCACUGGGCACCUAUUCAUUAUGCAUGCUGGUAUGGGAAAGUUGAGGCCACUCGCAUGCUGUUAGAAAAAGGAAAGUGUAAUCCAAACCUCUUAAAUGGACAGCUUAGUUCUCCCCUUCAUUUUGCUGCUGGAGGAGGACAUAUUGAAAUAGUGCAAAUCCUUCUAAACCAUCCAGAAGUGGACAGACACAUUACUGACCAACAAGGAAGGUCUCCUUUAAACGUCUGUGAAGAAAACAAACAGAAUGACUGGGAAGAGACUGCAAAACUAUUGAAGGAAGCCAUAAACAGACCAGUAGGAGUUGUCUUUUUAAAUAGAUUUGACCUGUGGAAUGUUUUUGGGUAUGAAAAGGUACGGAUAUACCGAAUGGAUGGAUCGUACCGUUCUGUUGAACUAAAACAUGGAAACAAUACCACAGUACAGCAGAUUAUGGAAGGAAUGCGUCUCUCUCAUGAAACACAACAAUAUUUUACUAUUUGGAUCUGUUCAGAGAACCUCAGCCUUCAGCUGAAGCCCUAUCACAAACCCUUACAACAUGUUCGUGACUGGCCAGAAAUACUGAAUGAAUUGACAAAUUUGGAUCCUCAAAGGGAAACACCACAGCUUUUUCUAAGAAGAGAUGUGAGACUUCCAUUGGAAGUUGAGAAAAAGAUUGAGGACCCACUAGCCAUUCUUAUUCUCUUUGAUGAAGCCAGAUAUAAUUUGCUGAAAGGCUUUUAUACAUCUCCUGAUGCUAAGUUGAUAACACUGGCAAGUCUACUGUUGCAGAUCGUUUAUGGGAAUUAUGAAAGUAAAAAGCACAAACAAGGUUUCCUCAAUGAAGAAAAUCUAAAAUCCAUAGUUCCAAUCACCAAAUUGAAGAGUAAGGCACCUCACUGGACAAAUAGAAUACUUCAUGAAUACAAGAAUCUUAGCACAAGUGAAGGUGUCAGUAAGGAAAUGCACCACCUUCAACGCAUGUUCCUACAGAAUUGCUGGGAAAUUCCCACAUAUGGAGCAGCUUUUUUUACAGGACAGGUAUUUACAAAAGCAAGUUCCAGCAGCCAUAAAGUCAUUCGGGUUUAUGUAGGCGUGAACAUAAAAGGAUUACAUCUCCUCAAUAUGGAAACUAAGACUUUACUCAUCAGUCUCAAGUAUGGUUGCUUUAUGUGGCAGUUGGGAGAUGCUGAUACCUGCUUUCAAAUUCACAGUCUGGAAAAUAAAAUGAGCUUUAUAGUACACACCAAACAGGCAGGUCUCGUUGUAAAACUGCUCUUGAAGCUUAAUGGGCAGUUAAUGCCUAGUGAAAGAAACGAAUGAAAGGCAAGAAAAAUGAUUCUGAAGGCAUCUUGUGAACACAGAUUUCUCUCACUGAAACAUUCUCAGAAUAUCAGCUUUACCAAGAUAUUUAGUCUGUUGUAUUAUGUAUGUAUAUUUUUUAUUUUGUACAAAUCUGUUACUUUGUGUAUUUGUGUAACAUAACUGAUUUUUUUAUUCUCUGAUAUAUGCCAUUUUAAUUUUGACACCAAAAAAAUUACUAGCAAAUUAUGUUAGAUAAGUUAAAUUUUAAACUUUACAAAGAAAUUUCUUAUAACUUAGAGAAUUUAGAGUGUAGUUAUAACAAAGUUCAAAACUUUUAAUAUACUUUUUUGAAGUAUUAUACCAGAAGAUACUUGAAAUUUUAAAAUUUAAUGAAAUAAAAAUGUAUUUUCUAUACAUAAACCAUGCAGCAGUAUUAUUUAAGACAUUUUAUUGUAAUCUGAAAAUUUUGUAACUUUUUUCCAGAACUUUGGUUAAAAAGUGUGUCUAGCUUCUAAAUUGUUUGAGUUUAUUCUUCUUCCCCUUGAAUCCAGAGGAUAGUUUUGUUGAUUGUUUUAAAAUUAAGUGCAGAUUUUGUAAAUGACGGGCUGUUAGAUUGUAGAGAGUUGUGUCUUGUUAGUACCUGAAUUAUUUUUAUCAAUUAAUUGUUCUUUUAUGGUGCAGAAUAGGUAUAUCAUCAGAAAAUUAGUUACUUAAUUCAGUUAAUUCUAAUGUGAAAGUUGAAUAGCUUGAUUAUUCUAUGCUUAACUUGGAAACUGUAGGCUUUCAGCAACUAAGAAAAGUGUUUCCAAGGCAAUAAUGUUAGUUUUAGCCAUUCAGCAGAGUCUGAAUGCACAUACACAAACGUGUGCACUCAUACACAUACACGCAUAUGCAUUUAUGUAACCUCUGCUUUUCAAAGUAGCAUUUUAAAAGUAGUGAUGCAUCUAACACUCAGAAAUGACUUGGGUAAAGUUCCAUAUGCUAAUUUUGUAGAAUGAAUUCUAAAUUUUCAGAGGAGAAACAGAGUUUAUGUAAUUUCUUAAUCCAGUCCUAGGAUGUUCUUCAUUCAACAAACACUAUUUAUUUUGCCUGUUACAUUCAUAUCAGACAAAAAGAUAUAGUGCUGAGUGUUAUGGGAGAUAAAAAUCUGUGUCAGUGUCCUAAAGGAAUAUACCAUACAGCAAGCUUAACUAAGCUCGUGGAGUAAUUAAAUCUCAUUUGAAUAGCAUGUGUGCUUACAGUAAAGGAAGGAAGAGCAUUCUGAUGCCAGGCUUUAGACAGAGGUACAAAGGUGAGAAAGUGGAAAGGGUGAUCAGAAGAGGUAGUGGGUAAAUUGGUUUGGCUGGAGUGAAGGGUUUGUGGAGGGUACCAUUGGGAUGUUAAAGCUGCUUAAGGUAUUUAAAUACAACUUGUUUUCUCAACUUCAAAAUGUUAUCCGGGUGAUUCAUUAUGUAAACUAUUGAAAGCCAUAUCCUUAAAAAUCACAUAAUUAGCAUAAUAAAUAUUUUCCUUAUAAAGAUGUUAAUAUAUUCCUGAGUAUUCCCGGUUAUUAAUGUUCUUUAAAAAGAAUAUGUGGGUUAAACAAAAAAUAAAGAAAAAUUUUUGUUUUCAA